AUGGGAGUUCCACAACUGUAUUACUUUACGAUUCGAGGAUUCGGAGAGUACAUUCGUCUUCUGUUCAUCGAUAACGGGAUCAAGUUCGAGGACAUCCGCUAUGUCUACGGAUCUCCAGAAUGGGAUGAGCACAAGAAAUCCAUGAUUUUCGGACAAAUGCCAACACUCAAGCACGAUGGAAAAGAAUACGCUCAAACUGGAGCCAUCAUGCGUCACUUGGCUAGAGUUCAUGACCUAAACGGGUCCAGCGAGGACGACGCCACAUUCCUCGACAUGUUCUUCGAAGGUGUCCGUGACUCUCGUAUGAAGUACGUCAUGUACAUCUACAUGGACCAGGGAACUCGCGAGGAGUUGACCCAGAAGACCCUCCCAACCUGUCUUGCUAACUUUGAAAAGCUCUUCAAAAUCCACCAAGGAAAAUUCAUCAUUGGUGAUAAGCCAAGCUACGCGGACUACAUUCUGUUCGAGGAACUCGAUGCUUACACUCAUUUGGACGCCACGAUUCUGGACAAGACCCCUUCGUUAAAGGCAUUUUGGGAGAUGAUGUGGCAGAGACCAAACUUGAAGCCAUAUCUGGAGAAGCGCAAGGCUGAUGGAGUCUGGAUUAAUGCUAUCGAGAAGGGAAUGAAAUAA